UAGCAUUCACACUCAAUAUGGAAUGGAAUGGUAUUUGAUUGAGCGAGUUCCACGUCUAACAAAAACCUCCCGUCAGGUUGACAAUCAAAAACUCCUUUUCCUUUCUAUAAAUAUAUACUCCGUAAAUGGUUUUUAGAUUUAUGCUCCGGCCGGGUAGAUCCGUUUGAACUUUGAAGGAUGGGAGGUUGCGAGUGAAUAUGGCGUCAUCCGCAACAGCUGCUGCUGCUAACCCAAUGAAUAAGAUCGAGAGAGCACACCAGAUGUACAGAGAGGGGAGGUACGAGGAAGCACUGGAGUUCUAUACAGAAGCGCUUUCUUUGGCCAAGACUAAAUCACAAAAGAUCGCCCUCCACAGCAAUCGAGCCGCUUGUUUCCUUAAACUUCUCCUUUUCAACAAGGCAGCAGAUGAAUGUACCUCAGUUCUUGAGCUUGAUCACAAGCACACGGGAGCUUUGAUGUUACGUGCUCAAACCUUAGUCACUCUCAAGGAAUAUCACUCAGCACUUUUUGAUGUUAACAGGCUCAUUGAAUUGAAUCCAUCAUCAGAAGUAUAUCAGAACCUUCAUGCUCGCUUAAAGACACAGCUGGAAGUUGCUUGCUCCAAUACCUGAAGCUGAGGCAGAAGAGCUUGAGGAAGAAGAUGAAGAGGACGGUGAUGAUGAAAACAUUGCUAAACUAAUAGUUGAUGGAGGGCAUAGUAAUAACAAUGAAUGCAACAUGAAUGGUGAUAUUGGAAAAGAAAUGGCAGAUACUCCGACAGACGAAGUUACCUCUCAUUUUGGGAAAUCAGUUGAACAACGUGCAGGAUGGCAAGCUAUCCCACAGCCAAAAGGACACUCACGCCUUGACUACUCUCGGUGGGACAGGGUUGAAGAAGAGUCCAGUGAAGAUGACGAUGAUGAAGAUGACGAUGAAUCAGAUGAACCUAAUCCUCAAUAUAGGUUUAGAGUUAAAACAGUUGGCGUUCGAGCUGUUAAAUGAGAAAAUAAAAAUGAUUUGCAUGCUAGUUACCAUUAUUCAUUUUUCCAAUGACCUUUUGCAUAAUCCAUCCAUUUAAUUAAUUAUUAUCAUAGUAAAAGGUUUAGUUAAAAAUCUUUUUUUUUUACCAAACUCUGGUUGGGUCAGGCAAGACUCGGGUUGGCACACCCUUGUGGCACCAGUGCCAUAUGAGCUAUUGUUAUCUAUAUGGGCUUCAAUGUACUGUAUACACUAUAAAUGAUGAACAUCAUCGGUCCCUACCCCUCCAAUAGUCCAAUUACAUUGUAUUUAAUAUACUGUUUUAGUGUACGCAUUAUGUGAACUUCCAAAGAUCACGUGUAAUAACUAUUGUGUGAAACAAAUAAUAAUGUUAUAAAGUUAUUAGAUUGGAUGCAACUUAUAUUAGAA